CCGCUCGUCCAGUACAAGGGCUACGUGCACGGCGUGGAGCUGGAGAAGGUCAGGCUGGGCUUCUCCUCCAAGCUGCAGAAGUUGUUUGUGGACAACCUGAGGUUCGACGUGACCUUCACCUUCAGCCGGCUGCCACUGCAGGUCCAGCACCGGGCUGCAGCCCUGGCCAUGCAGCGCGGCUUGCCCAGCCUCCUCUUCCCCUCCACCUCCAGCAACAAGUCCCUCUUUGCAGACGCCUUCCAGCCCCGGUGGUUUGACCGCAAGCUGCAGGCGAACGAGGAGCAGUGCAGAGCCGUGAUGCACAUCGUGACGGGGAUGUCCAGGCCAGCCCCAUACCUCAUCUUCGGCCCCCCCGGCACUGGCAAGACGGUCACCAUGGUGGAGGCCAUCAAGCAGGUAUGGACGUGCUUCAAGGACGCCCGGAUCGUGGCCUGUGCUCCUUCCAACAGUGCCGCAGACCUGCUGUGCCAGCGCCUCGUCAAGGACAUCGCCCCCCGGUACAUCUACAGGCUCAUUGCCAGCUCCAGGAGCUACCAGGAGGUGCCUCCUGACAUCAGGCCCUGCUGCAACUGGGACAAUGAGCAGAGCUGCUACGUGUACCCCAGCAAGGAGCACUUGGGGCGCUACCGGAUCCUCAUCACCACGCUGGUGACAGCGGGAAGGUUGGUGUCAGCCAACUUCCCCCCGGGAUUUUUCUCCCACAUCUUCAUCGACGAGUGCGGCCAGGCAGUCGAGCCGGAGAGCGUGGUUGCCAUUGCAGGGCUCCUGACCGCCAUGGACCAGGAGACCAACCCCAACGGGGGGGGCCAUCGAGCACGGCUUGGCCCUCAGCUUCCCAGCUGGUGCAGGAGAUGGGACCGUACCCACUGAGCUGGAUGCGGAAUACCCGGGAGGGUGCUGGAGCUACAUGGCACCCACCCUGGGCACGGUCCUGUCCCUGCCAGGUCCCACGAGGCCAUCCUGAGGAUCCCCAACGAGCUGUUCUAUGACAGCGAGCUGAAGGCCUGCGAGAGCGACGAGCUCGACGUCCGAAGUCUCUAUUGUGCCUGGGAGGAGCUGCCCAAAAAAGGCUUCCCCAUCAUCUUCCACGGGGUUUGUGGGGAAGAUCGGAGGGACCCCUCAGUCUUCAACACGGCCGAGAUCGAGGUGCUGGUCUACUACCUCAAGAAGCUGCUGCAGAGCCGGGGCAAGGGGGGCUGCCCCAGCGUCUCGCCCAAGGAGGUUGGCAUCAUCUCUCCCUACAGAAAACAGGUGGAGAAGAUCCGGAAAGCCAUCACCUCCCUGGACCCUACCUUGCGGAAGCUGCCGGACAUCAGCCUGCUGAAG